UUUUAAACUGACAAUCGCCGGUUUUGUUUACGUUUCGGGCUGUGGAACCAGCUGUGUUGUGUGUUGUUUGUGAAAUUUCAUACACUGGAACAUCCUCCAUGGACUCCAAAAUGGACACAAAUUCUGAGCCGAUGGGGAGUAAAAUGGCUGUUGAUUGGCAAUCCUAUGUCGGCGAUUUUGAUCGUUUAUGCCGGCUCUGUCUAUCCCGGGAACGGUUGAUCUCUAUCUACUGCAACGUACAGGGACGGAAUGUGUACUUUAUAAGAAAUUUUGUAAAGUUUGCACUCGAUUUGCUGAAGAUAAAGAUAAACAAGAACGAUGCGUUGCCAAACUUUCUUUGUGAAGCAUGUGAGAAGAAUCUGAACGUUAUUGUAAAUUUCAAACGCAAAUGCGACGAGUCAAUACAAAUUCUGCAUCGAAUUCGGGAAGAGAAGGCUAAAACAAAUCGUUCCGAGAAGACUGAUGUUUUGCCACACAAAAGCAAAAGAAAAUCGACCACCAAACGAGUGAAACAUAAUUGUGAAGAAAUACUUAAAAAGCUACCCCAAGGAAUACGGGUAGAGAAGAGAUCAGCCAAUCCAACUCAAAAAGAUGUCGAAGAAAACACCGAAAAUGGAGUAUUUUCCGCAGACCGCAUCACAUCGUCGGGAGCAACUAUGUCUGCAUGGAUUGAGGACCAAAACAAACCGGAAGUACAAAAUGAAGUUGCAGUUCCAGAGCAGGAUCGGGUGACAGAGGCAUUAAAUGACGAUGGAAAAUGUGCAACAUUCGAAGAGGAAAUAGAGUUCACCUAUACGGAUGAUAAUUUAGAAGAAGGCGAUAAUCCCGAAGAAGUUACAAUCAUCAUACAGAACGAAUGUCCAAUCGGCAAUAGUGGUGCGACAGCUUUAGAAUCAAAGAAACCCGUUACCAAGGAGAAGAUAGCGUGCUCCGUUUGUGGAACAUCGGUGAACAAUAUCCGGUCGCACAUGAUCAUCCAUUCGGUACGGUCGCACCGAUGCGACCAAUGUCCAAAAAGCUUUACCUCGCGCCAUAAGCUACAAUCGCACAUCAACGGUGUACACUUGCGCAAGCGUGACUUUAAGUGCGACAUCUGUGGCAAAGCCUUUCUGGAGAACAACAACCUGAAGGGACACAUGCGAAUACACAGCGGGGAGCGAAAGUAUGCGUGCGAUCUCUGCCCGAAGCGGUUCCUGUUUGCCGGAACGCUACGCAGCCACAUGCUAACGCAUUCGCAGGAGAAGCACCACAAGUGCGAGAUUUGCGACAAACUGUUCCUGUUGCGCACGACGCUCAACAAGCAUCUGCGGGUGCAUACGGGUGAAAAGCCCCACAGCUGCAGUGUGUGUGAAAAGCGCUUCCGAACCACCACGCACCUGGCCGUGCAUAUGCGUACACACACUGGGGAGAAGCCAUUGUGCUGCCGAAUUUGUGGAAUGGCUUUUGCGCAUCAUAAGGGUCGCAGCGUGCACAUGAAAGCCAAACAUCCCCAAGAGCUGGUGGCGCUCGGUUUGAUCGAUGAUAAAGGGCAUUUAAAGUGUACGGAUACGGUGGAGCUGGUUGCUUCGAAUGCUAAGUAUUGAGUUGUCGGGAAGUGUGUCGAAUUCUUUAGCGACUUUUUCAUCAUAAGUUCGUCUUAAUGAGCCAUAUGGGCCAUAAUGGGUAGCUCUCUGCACUGAAAUGUGUCGUAGAUCUUAACAUAUUUUACGGAUCUGCUAGGCCAUACGAACGGUCUCGUGAUACAGUCGUCAACUCGCACGACUUAAGGCCAUGCUUGUUGCGUAGCGACCACAUCGAAGGUGGCUGUUUGAAUUUGUAAUUAAAUAAUUUAUAUUUUGUUCUUAGUAGGCUAUGAUAGCUUGUAAUUUUGAGUAUAAAAGGAGGAGAUAAUUAUAAUAAAUCAGUCUUACACCAGCAUUUGAUGAGUGCGUUUCUUUGUUUGGUAUUAAGAUUCUCCCGGGUGAAGCUUUGGGCGAAUACGAUUGCCUUCUCGACAGCGCUUAACGAAAUCAGAAAUCAUUUACAUUGGAAAAGAGGUAACUAGCCUGGUAGGCCAAUACUGAAAGUAGUUUGGUGAAGGAGAGUUGGACCGUUGACGCUCCCGAAACCCUUUGCCCGGGACGUGCUGUUCCGUGGCAGCAGACGGUUUACCAAGCGCUCCAGAACGACCGAAACCUUCGCGGUUGGCUUGGCCGUCGGGCCCGGAACAAUGCUCGUCCUGGGUUUAAGCCUCGUAUGGGUCGUUCUCCCGUAGCAAAGUGAUUGCUUAUCCGACUGCGUGGUACUUAAAUUAGUUUCGAAAACCUGUAUAAGCCGCCGGAAUUAACGCGGAUGUCCUUACGCCAAAAGAAAGAAGAAUAAAAAGGAGAAGAUCGCCAUA